AUGGUCAGAGCAGACCACACACGCAAUUUUUUCUCAUUUUGGGUAUUUGGACUAUGCAACAAUUUCGCAUAUGUUAUGAUGCUGAGCGCUGCUCAAGAUAUUCUCACGAAAAAUGAGAAUCAGACGGCGACGAAAGACGAUGAGCACGUCGAUCAUUGCUUGAAUUCGACGUCGACGAGAUUCUGUAAUGAAAUGUCCACUGGAAUCGUGCUCAUUUGCAACAUUCUCCCAUGUUUUGUGAUCAAAAUUCUUUCUCCCUUAUUCAUUCAUCGAAUUCCUUACGGUGUUCGAGUGUAUUUCCAAAUAAUUCUUAUCGUCAUUUCUUUGUUCAUCAUCGCCUUCUCGAACAAUGUGGCGAUUGCCUUGUUCGGUGUGACGAUCACUUCGUUCGCCAGUGGUCUCGGCGAGAACUCAUUCCUCGCUCUCGCCAGCCAUUUUCCACAAUAUUCGAUUGGUGCAUGGUGUAGCGGAACUGGCGCCGCUGGUGUCACCGGAUCAUUCGCCUAUGCGGUCAUGACGGAUCCGCGAUUGCUCGACUUCUCGCCGAAAACCACAAUGCUCGUCUCCAAUAUUGUUCCACUCAUGUUUGCUUUCACCUAUUGGAAAAUUCUGGUUCAUCCGGACACUGUCCAAAAAGUGAGCAUGUCGAAACCGAAAUCGUGGAUUAGUCUUCGCAAUGAAAAUGAUGGAGAUGAAAAUUCAAAUGGGGACCAUUCGAUGAAGGAGAAAAUUUCGAUUAUGAAGAGCCUUCUGAAAUACACGAUUCCGAUCGCAUUCGUCUAUUUCGCCGAAUAUUUUAUCAAUCAAGGACUCGUCGAAUUGUCAGUUUUCGAUUGUGACUCCGGAUUUGGAACAUCGCCAAAAUCUCAAUACAGAUGGUAUCAGGUGCUCUACCAAAUCGGUGUGUUCAUCUCGAGAUCAUCCAAUCAGCUCAUUCAACUUUCCUUGGGAAUUAUUGUGAUAUUGCCGAUCCUUCAAAUGGCGAAUGUGUUCGUUUUUCUCGUCAACGCACUUCAUCCAUUUUUGGGCAAUUUCGCCAUCGCGUGCGGAUUCGUCUUUUUUGAAGGACUCAUCGGCGGAGCAUCGUACGUCAACUCGUUCGCUCACAUUCAUAAAAAUGUGGACGAAUCGGUGCGCGAAUUCGCAUUGGGCACGUGCUCGCUAGCCGACAGUCUCGGAAUCGUCAUCGCCGCUUUCACAGCGAUUCCGGUGCACAAUGCGAUAUGCAAAUCGGCGUAUUUAUAA